AUGUCUUCCACUUUGCUAAAUGUUAGUAAUUUCAUUACUCUCAGGCUCAAGCCUGAAAAUUACCCACUCUGGUGUGAUCAAGUCCUUGCACUUGCUAAAAGCCAAGAGCUCACAGACUUUCUCACUGGAGAAGCCAACCCCCAAUUGAAGUACUUCCAGCAAUCGAUGGAACUCAUAUUGCCUCCAAUCCAGAAUACAAAAAAUGGAAAUCGGCAGAUCGUUUGGGUAGCUCUCAAGGAAGCCUAUGCCCAGUCCUCUCAAGAACGACAAUUUCAGCUCAAUCAACCACGCACAUAUAUGAAGAAAACUCAUGAAGUUUCUCUCAAUGACUACCUUAGAAAAUUGAAGGAGAUAUCUGGCAAGAAAGGGCAUCCUGCAAUUCGUUGUUGGCAUCUUUUUAAUCACUCGGUGCAACCAGAUAAUUUACCUCAAGCCUUCACUGCUCUUCAACUCAAUCCUGAGGUACAUCAUGAGGAAUGGACUUCAGAUACUGGUGCAUCUGCACAUAUGACCUCUCAUAAAGGUAACCUACAUAAUCUUCGAUCUUAUAAUGGUCAUGAUCAUGUUAUGUUAGGCAAUGGUGAAUUUUUGAAAGUUACUCAUAUUGGUGAUGCCAUUAUUGGUUCUGGUCCUUCUGCUAUUACCUUACGAGAUGUUCUUCUAGUUCUUGAAUUAGAAAGAAGCUUAUUAUCUGUAGGAUAA